ACGGCCAGCAAAAUGGCGGAAGGUGUGCUGCCUUUCGUUCGUGGCCUCGAUUUGACCAAAAAUGACUUCAAGAAGCUGGAUUUUCCCAAGCGGGUAGCAGACAUGCCAAAUUUACGGUGGUUGAAAUUGAACCAAACUGGAUUGGAAUGUCUUCCAGACGAGUUAUCUCACCUAAUGAAGCUGGAGCAUUUAUCUCUUAAGGAAAACAAUUUGGCAAGUAUCCAUGGAGACUUGUCAACUCUCUCUCACUUAAGG